CCCCUGGAUCCCUGGAAGUGCCCAAGGCCAGGCUGGAGACCCCUGAGACACUGGAAGGGGUCCCGUGGCAGGGUGUGGUGGAACUGAAUCAUCUUUAAGGUCCCUUCCAACACAAACCAUUCCAUGACCUUGGAAUUUGAUGGUUGGACCUGAUGAUCUUAAAGGCCUUCUCCUAUUGCCUCUUGGUUUGCUCUGGUAUCCGGGUUUUCCCCACCAGAACUUCAGUGGGAAUUCAACUUUGCUGGUUUUUAGGAUUCUAAAAUCUCCUUUUUCAUACAAAACACACAGGGACUUCCCUCAAUUCCUGUGGUUUUCGAGUGACAGCAGGAUCUUGGAAGCGUUCUGCCGGGAUACGCGGAACUCCUGCUCCUUGAGACUGAGCGUGACGGGGAGAAUCCGUGGGAUGUUUGAUUUGUAGCACGAUCCCAUGCCAAAAUUUCUUAGGGAGGACAAGAGAUAAGCAGUGCUCAGUGCUGACACACGGAGCAAGGCCUGCUCUGUGCUUCCCAUCAGGAUUUUCUCUGGAAUUUGCGUGUUUAGCCCACGCUGACAGCCCUGUCCCUGCUUCGGGGAUGAUCCAGAGGUUUACUCGGCUCCUGAGGAAAGGCUUUUGGGAGCUCUCUCUGCAGUGCCGUGGUUGAUACCCAGGGUUGGAUUCCUCUGGAUCACAGGGAUGAGCAGGGCCACCGUCAGGGCUGCUCUUUCCGAAGUCUGCAGCAUCCUCUGGUGGAGCCAUACGGAAGGGAUAGCCAUCCAUGGAAAACACACCAGGAUGUUUCCCUGGGGGGCUCUAAAAUGUCCCCCAGCUUUGCUGGGAAGAGCCAAAAUUGCCAAGGCCCUCUGUGCUCCAGGGGGAAGGAACCUGGGAUCUGGGGACAUUCCCAACCCUUGCUUUGCUGGAGAUGUCCUGGCUGACCUCAAACACAAACGCCCGACGGAUCAGGAGCAGAACCUGACUGGCAGAGCCGACUCCCAGUUUUUCCCCCUUUUCCUGGUUUUAGUCACCAAGAUCAAUCAAAGCCCCAGGUAUUCCUCCACUCCCCACCAAGGGGAAGUGCUCAGAUAAAAUCUGAGUUCCCAGGCUCCGAUUCUUCCCUGGAUUUUGUUGUUUUGGCUUAACAGGUUGUUUUAUUUCGCCAUCCCGGCGCCUAGAAUGCUUCACCCACUGCAGGAUACCAGGGAUUGGCAUUUCCCACAGCUGCCUCCCACGUUUCAUCCCUCCUGUUGAAGUCCCGAAAUUAAGGAUUGGGAAAGAGCAGCUAUGAUGCUCUUCCUUCUUUCUCCCCACAGGAGAGACAUGGAGAAUUCCAUGGGCUCUAGGGAGCCCCUGAAGUGUAUCCGAGCACCUGGAACAUUUGGAGAAUCAAGUGGAUCUCCUGAGAAACAAAACUGGUGGCAAAGAGCAGAGUGUAAAUUCAGCCUUGGGAAAAUCCCUCCUGGGACGGACACACGGACACAGCCCAGCAGUGUACCCAGAAAUUCCCUCCAUCCUCGUGGAAUCCAGAGUGAAUUAGCCGGGUGCUGCCCAGCUCCUCUGGGUGAGAGCUGCUGAGUUUUGCGAUAAAGGAAAAGCAAACACGGAUCCCUCGUGCAAAGAUGCAGGAAUAUUAUCCUGACAUUUUCCACACGCCUCGCUCGCACUGCCGCUCGUUCUUCCUGCUCCGAGAGCUGUGUCUGGACAAUAGAAACAUUCCCUGGCUACAAACGAAAUAAUCAGGAUUGAAAACGUGGAUAACGCAGAUGUCUGCCUUUCCCGAUUUUUUGGUUUGGUUUUUUUUUUUUAUGGAGUAACUUAUUUUACAUUUCCUCAGGGAAUUGCAGUCAUCCAACUUUUACAAGCUGUUAAAAUGUGAAGAUUAAAACCUGCAUUUAAGUGAGGGGGAAAAAAAUAAUGCUUCAAAGGAGGAAUUCAUCUCGGAAAAAAAAGAUUGGAAGUGCUCGGCAGCCCACUUUUAAAUGAUUUUAUGUGAUAAAAGACAGGAACAUGAGAUCACCAGCGGGAAGAAACAGGGAGACCCUGAGUUUCUCCGAAUCCCAGAUUUACCCCGCUAAAGUUCACAGCUUUGUACUGGUUUUUAUGAACACCUCCCUUAACUCUGGCACUGAUCACCCAGGAUCCCCAGUGGAUAUCCCGGGAUCCUCACGGAUAUCCCGGGAUCCACACCGGGAGGGCCCGAGGAGCUGCCCCAGCGAAGCGGGCUGCAUUUAAAGCACCUGAGGACGCGCAUCACCGAGCGCUUCCCAGGUAUCCGGCUCCAAAUCCCGUGGCUGCACGCAAAAUGCAGGAGAGGAAGGCGGCUGUGCCGGUGGCACAAGGAGCAAAGCGGAACAUUGCCCGAGGAUGGUGAGGGCUGCUCCUGAGGGAGCCUGGAAUUCCUCGGGGGAGGAGCCUUCCCAGCGCUGUCCCGAAGAAUACAGGCUCUUGCCCCGGCGUUCCCUCAAUUUCCUGCUCCUGGGAGAUGGUUUAGUUCAGAUGCUGGUGGUCCAUCCAAGUUUGGAGGUCUCUUCCAACUCCAGAGGUUCUACAAUUCCACCCCUGCAGGGUGAGCAAGGAAUGAGGGCGUGGAAUUCUGCUGGGCUUUUCCCUGCCAGACUUGAAUGGAAGGAUAGGAAAAAUCAUUCCAGCGUUUCUCUGUUUUCUUCUGGCAGGAUGGAGAAGAAGAAAAUCCUGAUGAAGUCCAAGGUUGCUGCUCCCAACCUCCUGAGGGCUCUGCAUUCCCUGUACCAGCUCGGGCACCUCUGCGACGUCACGGUCCUCACCCAGCACCUGGGAAUUCAGGAGGAAUUCCUGGCUCACAAAGCCGUCCUGGCAGCUUCCAGCAACUACUUCAGGGGGCUUUUCCUGCACCAGGAGAUGCUGGACGCCCAGAAGUGCACGGUGACCCUGCAGGACAUCUACACCGAGGAGUUCACCUCCUUCCUGGAGUUCGUCUACACGGCAGAGGUGGAGAUCGAGGCGGAAAAGCUCCAGCGGAUGAAGGAAAUAGCGGAAAGGCUGGAAUGCAAGGAUUUGCUGGACAUCUGUGAAGAAGUGAAGGCAGAGGGCAGGAAGGGCUUGGAUUUGAGCCUCCGCCUGAAAGGGCGGAGGGGUGAGAACGGGGGAUCGCAGUGGCCUGGCAUCCAGCAAGAGGAGAACCCCAGGAACUCCGCCCAGGUCGUGGCAAUUCCCAUGCAGAGGAAACUCUGGGAUAGGCAGAAGCAUCAGGAGCUGCUGCCGGAGCUCAUGGGAGGCCAGGCAGGAGGCCUGGAGCGGGAGGCCGCAGCUUUCCCAGCCCCCAAAUCCAGGCUGGCAAAGCCGCCCAAGUGCAACGAGCCGCGUUCCCCAUCGGGACUGGGUGUGGCCAUCAGCAGCCUGGAACACCAGGAUGGCCGUUCCCUGGGCGAGGGGCAGGAGCGGAAGCGGGAAUGCCAGGCGUGUCCCUACUGCGACGAGGCCAUCGGCUCCGAGCGCGGCCGGACGCGCGGCGGGGACGGGCCCUACCGGGGCUUCGCCCACGGGGCCGCCUGCACCUCCCACCUCAGGAAAAUCCAUGAGUCCGGGCAAGAGGGGAAACUCCUGCCUGUCUACUGGAUGGUGGUUCCACCUCCGCAAGGCCCAAACCCCACAGGCUGUGGCAGAGAUCCUGACGGAGAGACUCGGGAUGGGACACCGGAAGCCUUGGGGUGCGAGGAAGACCCUGGGAAUUCCUCCGUUGCUGAAGCAGAAAGGAGCAAGGAGCAAGAGGAAUCCCAGGAAGCUGAAGGAGGGAAUGAAGAUGAAGGUGGAAUGAGUGUGAAGGGCGAGGAGCAGGGAGAAUACGACGCGGGAUACUCGGAAGUUGAAGGAAGCAGAGACAACGAGGAAUGUCACGAGCAGGAGGAGGAGGAAGCCUCAACAGAGAAGGACAGCAGUGAACCCUGUGAAGCGGGGUUCAAGCUAAAGAAGGCCGGUAAAAGCGUGGCCAACAAGAAAUCCCUGUGCGUGAUCCAGUGCGACAAGUGCCAGGAGCGGUUUGUUUCCCGGAAGCAGUACGUGGAUCACUGCCGGGACGCGCACCAGAGCCUGCCCGGCAAGGCCUACCGCUGCGAGGAGUGCGGCAAGGCCUUCGCCAGCUCCACCAGCUGCAAGGAGCACCGCGCCUGCGUGCACAGCGAGGAGAGGAGGUUCUCCUGCGGCCUCUGCCAGGCCACCUUCAAGAGGAAGCGGGAUGUGAGGAGCCAUUCCGUGCGGAAGCACGAGGGCAGGGCCAAGCGGCCGCUGUGCUCCGUGUGCGGCAAGAUGCUGAGCUCCCGCACGGCGCUGGUGCUGCACAUGCGGACGCAUACCGGCGAGAAGCCCUACGAGUGCGCCGUGUGUCGCUCCAGGUUUGCUCAGCCGUCCCAGCUCAAGAUCCAUACCAGAUCCCACACCGGGGAGAAGCCCUACAUCUGUGAGGACUGCGGCGCUUCCUUUGCCGACAGAGGAAAACUCACCGGCCACAAAAGGACACACACAGGAGAGCGGCUCUUCGGGUGCGACGUGUGCGGGAAACACUUUGCCACCAACGAGUACCUCAAGUGCCACAAGCGCUGCCACCUGGGAGCCAAACCCUACAGCUGCCAGGUCUGCGGGAAAACCUUCGGCCUCAGAGCCUCCCUGGCCCAGCACAGCAACGUCCAUGCAGAGAGGCGUCCCUAUUUCUGCGAGCAGUGCGGCAAGGCCUUCACGCAGCCGGGAGCUCUGCGGCGCCACCAGCGCAUCCACACCGGAGAGAAGCCCUACAAGUGCCGGGCCUGCGACAGGACCUUCACCGACAUGUCCACCCUGCGCCGGCACGCGGCGAUCCACGACCGCAACGCUCACUGGAGGAGCUUCUUGAUCGACCUCACACAGAAAAAACACCACAACUGGUCCAAGAUCGAGACUUUGGCGGAGGCGCAGCCGGGACGGGAUCCCACACCGGGAAUUUGGCCGCUGGACCACGGGCAACUUCACAAACCACAAAGGGCCAAAGCAGCAGCAGCAGCAGGCGUGAGCCCCGGGCCUGGGGACAGCGGGGGCGCUGAGCCCUCCCUUUUGUACAGGACCUGGGAGCUCCUCAGAUCCCCACGGAGCGGCGGCGGCGGCGUUCCCGGGAAGAUGGAGAGCAAUCCGGUGCUGCUGGAAUCCAAGUCGUCCCCGCUGAACCUCCUGCACGAGAUGCAGCAGCUGCGGCUGCUGGGCCACCUGUGCGACGUGACGGUCAGCGUGGAGUACCAGGGCGUGCGCGCCGAGUUCCCGGCGCACAAGGCCGUGCUGGCCGCCACCAGCAAGUUCUUCAAGGAGGUGUUCCUCAACGAGAAGGCGGCCGAUGGCCCCCGCAGCAACGUCUUCCUCAACGAGGUGCAGGUGGCCGACUUCGCCUCCUUCCUGGAGUUCGUCUACACGGCGCGCGUGGAGGUGGAGGAGGACAGGGUGCAGCGCAUGCUGGAGAUCGCCGAGAAGCUCAAGUGCCUGGACCUCUCCGAGACCUGCUUCCAGCUGAAGAGGCAGAUGCUGGAGUCCGUGCUGCUGGAGCUGCAGAGCUUCUCGGAGUCGCAGAGCCCCGAGGGGGAGAGCGCGGCCGAGGCCAAGCGGGAGCCCCCGGAGCCGCCGGCGGCCGAGGGGCCGGCCGCCAAAGCCAAGGAGAAGGCGGACAGAAAGAAGGAAGCGCUGAAGGCUCCGUACGCCAAGAUCCGCAGGGCGAGCGGGCGGCUGGCCGGCAGGAAGGUGUUCGUGGANAUCCCCAAGAAGAAAUACACCCGCAGGCUGCGGGAGCAGCAGCGCGACGCCGCCGCCGAGCGGGAAGAGCCGCCCCAGGGCGAGGAGGGGCAGUGCAAGCAGGAGGAGAGCUCAGGGGAAGCCGAGGCCGCCCGCCCGGACAACCCGGCGGAAGGCGGCGAGGGGGACAGGAAGAAGCAGCGCGGCGGCGGCGGGGGCUUCAAGUGCGGCACGUGCCAGAAGGAGUUCCUGUACGAGAAGAGCUUCCUGAAGCACGUGCAGCAGAGCCACGGGGCGGCGGCGGCGCCCGAGUUCCGCUGCGAGACGUGCGCGCAGACCUUCGCCAACCGCUGCAACCUGCGCAGCCACCAGCGGCACGUGCACAGCAGCGAGCGCCGCUUCCCCUGCGAGCUGUGCGCCAAGCGCUUCAAGCGCGGCAAGGACGUGCGGCGCCACGUGCUGCAGGUGCACGAGGGCGGCGCCGAGCGGCACCAGUGCCAGCAGUGCGGCAAGGCGCUCAGCUCCAGGACCGCCCUGCGCCUGCACGAGAGGACGCACACGGGACACAAGCCCUACGGCUGCCCCGAGUGCCAGGCCAAGUUCUCGCAGCCUUCCGCCCUCAAAACGCACAUGAGGAUCCACACGGGGGAGAAGCCCUUCGUGUGCGAUGAGUGCGGGGCGCGUUUCACCCAGAACCACAUGCUCAUCUACCACCGGCGCUGCCACACAGGAGAAAGGCCUUUCAUGUGUGAGACCUGUGGGAAGAGCUUUGCCUCCAAGGAAUACUUGAAACACCACAACCGGAUCCACACGGGAUCCAAGCCCUUCAAGUGUGAGGUUUGCUUCCGGACCUUUGCCCAGCGGAAUUCCCUCUACCAGCACAUCAAGGUCCACACAGGGGAGCGGCCGUACUGCUGCGACCAGUGCGGGAAGCAGUUCACGCAGCUGAACGCGCUGCAGCGGCACCACCGCAUCCACACCGGCGAGAAACCCUUCAUGUGCAACGCCUGCGGCAGGACCUUCACCGACAAAUCCACGCUGCGCCGCCACACCUCG